AUGCCAAAGAAAAAUCGCAAAAAACGCUCGAAUGGCUCAAAGAGCAAAACAACGACAACGGGAAAUCCUGAAGCUUUGGCUCCCAAUGAACCAAACGAACAACCCACUGCGCAUUUACCUUUGUUUCCUCCCGGAAUAACAUCCGCGUUGAUCAGUUUUCUGGCAAUCUCACCAGACUCUGAGAAAUAUGGCCCACAAUUCAUGAGAUUGUUGGAAAUAUUCAAGACCAAAUAUUUCUUGCCACUUCGAUACGAACUUCAGUUACAAGCUCAUGCGGUUGGGUUAGCUCGAUCGUACCCUGUUGCAGAGUUUACUGUCGAAAAAUGGCUCGAUGACUGGGGGAAACGUUGCGAGUUUGCCUCUCUUUAUCUGGAACAACUUCUUCCCGCAAAUUUAGCAGCCAAUGGUUAUAACCUAGAAACUAUCGUCCGAAUUGGGCAAGCACUACCUGACACGAGUCUUCUAAAUACAAUGGACAUGCACAUCCGGCAUCGUCUUGGAUGUUUUCUGAUAGAAUUCAAUGAACCCCUCAGAUUGGUCUUCGCUUUGCCACAAUAUUUGUUAACGGAGAAGAAAAUGAAUGGCGCUUGGUUGGAUCAAACAGAGAAACAGAUUUUUCUAUCGACUCUACCAAAUCCUAGUGACGAGAUGAAAUUCAAGCUGAUGGCUCUAUCAAUCCUUUCUCCCAUUGUAUUGGUACAUCCACAGCUGCCUGGAGCAUCCCAAAAGUUGAUUGAGUUUGUUUUGUCUCCACAUGGAGCUGAGUCCUACGGUCCUCAACACCAGCGUUUACUGGAUACUUUCACGAAUCGAUAUGUCAGAGACGACUUUUACUUCGAGCACCAGCUCACAAGAGCAGCUGGACUUUUUGGAUGCACUUUUACAAAGGAAGAGUUCACUAUCGAAAAAUGGAUUUCCGAAUGGGGAAAACGCUGUGAAUUUGUGAUCGAUUACCUGGAACGAGUUCUUCCACCGGAGCUGGAGCAAAGAAAUGUCAAUAGACAAAAUGUCCAAGAAGCAAUACAACGGCGAGGAAACACUAUAAAAGGCUUAAGUUUGGAAUUUCAUCGUAUGUCUGAUUGGCGAAAAGUUGCAUUUGUUGAUCCGUUGAGAAUGAUCUACACGCUUUCACUUGAACUACUCAAGAACCCAGUGAUCAACUCAGUCUGGUUUGAUGGUUCUCGGGCAUACACAUCACCCGAUCCAAAUCCAAGUAAAGAAGAAAAAGAAAGGAUCCAAACUUUAUGGCUGGGAUUUGAAACUCCGCUUGUUGUUUGCAUGAUUGUGGAUACA